GGUAGAUCUAAAGCCAGUGGUCUCCAAACUUUUCAAACAAAGGGUCAGUUUACUGUGCUUCAGACUUUCGGGGGCCGGACUAUUGCCACAUCAGUGAGGAGAAACAUUGCCUUAGGGUUGGUGGUCAGUUGCAUAAUGCCUGUGAUCAUUAGGAGGAGGAAUAGUGCCCCAUCAUUAGUAUUACUGGGAGGAAUAGUGCCCCAUCAUUGGUAUUACUGGGGGGAAUAGUGCCCCAUCAUUGGUAUCAGUGGGAGGAAUAGUGCCCCAUCAUUGGUAUCAGUGGGAGGAAUAG